CGACUUGACAUGAUGAUGCACAGAAAGAAAACAACACUCAGGUGUGAAUUUAUUAGGCAACUAAUUAACAAGACAUAAAGGACAAAAAGAUGUUAAUCACUUGUUUUUCUUCUUGAUAACGAAAAGUCUGGGACCAACUCUAAACCUGAUGGGCCUGCAGUCUGAGUGGAGCACCUGAUUUGUCUAAAUCUGUUAAUCCGUAUCUCAGCAUUAUGGCUAUUGUGUUAGCUGGAAACUCUGUUGCAGUCCAGUUUGGACAGGACAACAUUCUUCUUGGAGAACAACAACUAAAAAUUGAAAAUUUACAAAUAUCCAGGAUCAUUCCUUUACAGAGGAAAAUAUCAGAAUGCCACGUCACGGUGAUCAACAUAACUGGCUUACAUGAGACUGAACUUAACCUGGACCCUGCUAAUGAUGUCAUUGGUCAACUUGUGCAUGAAAACAAAAUCAGUGCCUUCAUAUUUGUUGUGCGACUGCGUCAGUUAACAGAUGCUGAUAAGAUGGGUCUUGAAUGGCUUCAGAGAGUAUUUGGUGAAGAAGUUCUUCAGUUUGUGAUCAUUCUCUUCACCUAUGAAGCAGAAGAAGAGUGUGACACUAUAACAGACGAUCUGAAGAAAAAUCCUGUACUGGAGCAACUGCUGGAGAAAUGUGGAGGAAGAUAUCACACCUGUAGCAAGAUCAUGAACAAAGAAUAUGAGAUGGUAGAACUGAUGUACAAGAUUGACUGUCUGUUUGAGAAUAAACAGCAGCACUACACUGGAGAGAUGUAUAACACAGCAAGAGAGAGAGAAGACCUGAAAAAGACUCAGUGUGGCAGUGGUGAGCCUGCAAGGGAUCGCAGCACAACAACAGAAACAGAAGAAAAACACAGGAAAACUGCUGAAGCACUUACAAUAGAAAGUGAAGGACCAUAUGAGCAUGUAGAAAAAGAAGACCUUACAGGAUCAAAAGCACUCUUCCACAGACUUCACCUUGACAAGCAUCACUGUAAAUUGAGAGCUGCAGAUGUUCUUCAGUUAAGUGCACAUUCAUUACAGUCCAAUGAGUCUUGUGCUGAAAAGGAGCUGAUUCAGACGUUCAUAUACAAACUGCUGAUGAUGGACUAUAAAGCAAGAUGUAUUAAUGUUAAGAACAAUGAGGAAGGUCACACUCAACAAGAUAACAAUGAUUCACAAGAAGCUAACUGUGAUGAUUUUUUUUUCGAAUCAGUUUCAGAAAACAAAACAAGUAAAACUGACCCUGUGCAUCCAAUGGAUGUCCAGAUGGCUGCGUUACAUUAUGCUGAUGGUUUCCUGAAGCAGCUGAUGGUAACUAAACUGUCUCAGUGUCAGUACGCUCUGCCUCUACUUAUUCCUGAUCCAGUCACACAACAGAUUAUGUUUCCUCUCUGGACAUUUAGACAAAUCAGAAAGAGCUGGAAGACAAAAAAUACCAACAAUGAAUUCAUUAGUCAAAUCCAGUCAGUCUGCAGGGCACAAACUCCAAUGGUGUCUUUCUUCAGAUUUGGCUCUGUAUCCUCAUCCAAGUCUCAGCUGAUGAACAGUCUGAUCAAUGAGAAACACAACACGUUUUUCCACAGGAACUGCCCAGGCAGCAGCAAAACCAGAGUCCUGAUGGAUGGAGUGGUGGAGAUCGCCUGGUUCUGCCCCUCUGGGAAAAACACGGAUAAAUUUAAUGACUGUAUUGCAUUCUGUAACCUCCAUGGUGAUGCAGAAGACAAUGAGAAACAGCUGCAGGUUCUCACUGAAAUGGCCUCAGUCAAUGUUGUUCUUCUUCCACAACUUAAGAGAAAUGACGAAGGCAUGAUACAAGUUGAAAAACUCUAUAAGGACUCAAAACCACUAAUUUGUCUUUUUGCUGAGAGGGAUACAGCUCUCAGUGAGGCAAAGAAAGGAAAAUAUAGAAUUGGUUUAAAAAACAGAAGUCAGUCAGAUAUAUCUGAAGAACUCAGAAAAGCUAUAAAUGAUUGUCUCUCAUUGUCAUCUUCAAAAUCAUCUUUCACUUUCAUUCUUGAAGAUGUGUCCAAACAUUCAGACAUCAAAGUAGAUGAGAAAAAUGAUGAUGACUGCAGGAAUGGAAAAGAAGCAGCACAGCAGAUGAUGAGUUUUCUGAAAAAUAAAAAACUGACUGUAAUCAAAGAAUCGGUUCUGCCCUAUCAGGGGAAACUGUGGCAUCAGUGGUGUCAGAAAAACAAAGAACUACAUCGACUUCAAAUUAAUGAAUUAGACACCGAGUUGACUAAAAAAAACAGAGACUUGAUGAAAAUUCGUGAACAGCAGCAAGAAUAUGACGUCAAUGAAUUUAUGAUGCUCUUUAUUAAAAAAAUGAACUCAGGUGCUGCAGAGAAAAUGUUUUUCCUAAAAUGGCUUGGAAUCCUCCUGGAUGAAAAUAUCUCAGCUGACCUUACAGCUCUUCAUCACAAGUUUAAUGAACAGUGGUCAACAGUUUUAAAGUUGAAAGAGAACAAUGAUAAAUCUAGAAAACUCAAGGCUGAAGAAACAAAGCUUGAGGGAAUGUCUGAGGAGCUUCAAGCUGCAGCCUUUGGCUUGGAGCACAUCAUGAGGGAGGUUGGUCAGAUCUAUGAAUCAUGUUCAUCUGUGGAGAAGACCAAGACAGGCCUGCAGUUUGAGAUCUCUUCUCUGCCAAGUCUUGCAGCAGAGAUGAUGAUCUCUGGAUUCCCGCUGGAGCUGAUGGAUGGAGAUGCUGCUCAUGUUCCUGUGAUGUGGAUCACUGCCGUUCUAGAUGAACUCAUCCAGAAACUGGGAGACAAGAGAGUCUUUGUACUGUCAGUUUUAGGGAUUCAGAGCUCUGGUAAAUCCACAAUGCUGAAUGCCAUGUUUGGACUCCAGUUUGCCGUCAGUUCUGGCAGAUGCACAAGAGGAGCUUUCAUGCAGCUGGUCAGUGUGUCAGACGAGAUGAAAAAACAACUGAACUUGGACUAUAUUCUAGUUGUUGAUACUGAAGGUCUUCGUAGUUCUGAACUGGCUGGAAGAUCAACAAGACAUCAUGACAAUGAAAUGGCCACAUUUGUUGUUGGUCUCGCAAAUCUGACAUUGAUCAACAUUUUUGGGGAAAACCUAUCUGAGAUGCAGGACAUUCUUCAGAUAGUUGUUCAAGCAUUCCUGAGGAUGAAGAAGGUCAGACUGAAUCCCAGCUGUGUAUUUGUGCAUCAGAACGUUUCAGACGUCACAGCUGUAGAGAAAAACAUGGAGGGAAGGAGACGACUGCAGGAGACACUGGAUGAGAUGACAAAACUUGCUGCUAAAGAGGAAGUCUAUGACGCAGAACGUUUCAGUGAUGUCAUUGAGUUUGACGUAAGGAAUGAUGUGAAGUACUUUGCUCAGCUCUGGGAGGGCAACCCACCCAUGGCACCAACAAACCCAAACUACUGUGAGAAUAUUCAAGAACUGAAGGAAACUAUUAUGUCUCGUGCAUCUAAAACAGAGAAAAUGAAGCUGAUAGAUUUAAAAGAUCGUAUUCAAGAUCUCUGGGAAGCUUUACUGAAUGAACAAUUUGUGUUCAGCUUUCAAAAUUCUCUGGAGAUUACAGCAUACAGGAAACUGGAGACAGAAUACAACAAAUGGUCCUGGACACUUCGGAGUGCCAUGUUGGAAAUUGAGCACAAACUACAAAACAAAAUAGAAAAUGAAGCAAUUAAUGAGGUUGAGGAAAAAUAUCUUAAUAUACAACUAAAAGAGAAAAGUGUUGGAGUGAAAAAAUUAAUGUCAGAUUUCUUUGAGAAAGACACAGAUGCUGAAAUACUGAUUCAGUGGAAAAACUCCUUUGAAAUAAAAAUCCAAGAGCUUCAAGAAACCAUUAUAAGAGAAACACAUAGGAAACUAAAUGGGAUUCUUCAGCAGCGAGAUGUGAAGAAAAUAAUUGAUGCUCAGAGGACAAAGCAUGAAAAUACUCUCUUUGAAAAGAGCAAAGAACUUGCCUUAAAACUCAAAGACCAAGCAAAAGAUGAAGUAAUGCUGAAGAAUGAGUUUGAUUUGUUUUGGAAUGAGUUUGUGAAACAGAUAGUCACAGAUUCUCCAAUCAAAGACAUUGACAUACUGAAAGAGGUGAAACUACUCCUCAGUGACAUCUAUAAAAGUGCUCCUGUAGACUCCUGGACGGAGAGCAGUGAAUGUAGGGAUAUUUUGUCUGUACAGAGUUAUUUAGAUUAUGUACAAUUAAAGAAAUCCAGUGGAUUUACAGGUCAUAUUAAAAAUGCAUACAAAGCAGCAAAACAGAAGAUUGGUCGGGCUCUUUCUAAAGAAGAUGAAAUCCAAAUAAGAAUCUUUGUCACAGAUGUUGCCCAGCAAAUAGAAAGAAAGAUCAUGUCAUUUAACAUUGCAAAAAUGGGCUUCAACAACAGCUGCAUUCAAAAACUCAUAGAUGACAUCAAAAAAAGCGUAAAACAACAUCAGGAUGGACCAGUCAACUAUGUGUUUAAGAAUGAAUUCUUCAUGGAUUUGGUUUAUUGUAUCUUUAAAAGAGCAAAUAAGACAUUUACUCAGCAGCACAGACUGUUCAGAGAAGCCAAUGAUCCCGUUCUCUAUUUGGAGAAGAAGAAAGAAGAGUAUUACAGUAUUUUCCAGAAACAUCUCCAAGGAGCCGCUUCAUCUGUCAUUUUUGGUGAGAUCUUAUGUCAGAAACUUAAAGAGCGCAUUGAGCAGAGUGUCUACAGGAAGUCUGCAAGAGAUUUGAUAGAUGGUAUUAGUCUAAACUGUCAAUCGCUGAAUGGAGGCAGAAUAAAUCUGGAAAAACACAUCCUGAAGUUUCUGGCAGAGAAGGAGAAUUUUUCUGCUUACCUGGACUACAUUAAUUAUCCCAGAGAGCACUUUGAGAAUUUUAUCAGAGAUGAAGUGAGUCAGUACAUGACUCUUAACCUUAAUGUCAGUGUUUUUCCCAAGAUGAAGGAAAAUAUUGUGCUCCUGCAGAAGAAGAUCAUGGAAGCUGUACAUGAAUCUUUUAAACAUGUUCAAGCAAACAGUGGAGAUGUUGAUUUGUGGUUGAAGACUUUCACACAUCAGCUUUCAGAUGUACUAAUAUUCUCUGAAAAAGACCUCCAUGGAGUCAAACAUGAUGAUGUUGAUGAUUUCAACCUGCUCAAAGAAGUGUUAACAACAAAACUGCCUGCUAUAAUGUCUGACACAAGCAAAGAGUUCAACACAGAUACAUUUUACAAAAAACUGGACCCCACGGACCGGCUAGAUGAGAUUCUGAUUGAUCAGUUAUGUCAGUACUGUUGGGUUCAGUGUCCGUUCUGUAAAGCCCCCUGCACCAAAACAGAAAACCAUGAUGGAGAUCACUGUGUUUUUUUACACAGAAUAACUGGACUCAAUGGGCACUAUUAUGAUGGAACAAACAAUCUUUGUACAGAUUUUUGCAGGGCUGCAGUGGCAAGUAAUAAAUGUUUUAAAUCAUCUGGUAAGUGGAUGCCAUAUAAAGAAUAUAGAAUAGCAAGAGAAGUUGGUCAUGAGGGGUCUUGGCUAGGUGCAGUAUUACCUACCUUAUCGAAUCGGCCGUACUGGAAGUGGUUUGUGUGCAAAUUCCAAAAAGAUCUGGAAAUGUACUAUGAGAAAUCUUUUAAGGAGCGUGGAAGGAUCCCAAAAAUGUGGAAAUUUAUCACAAAAAAUGAUGUAAUUUGUAGUUUACGCUUACGCUGACCUUGCGUAUAUAUUUGUUAGAGACACCCUUUGUUAUAUUUUUGGAAAAGUCCAAAAACAUUUUAGAAAUCAUAAGGUAUAGCAUUGUACGAAGCUUUUCUCUUCUCUCUUCUAUGAUAAUUAAGCCCUUCGGAAAAAUACAGUUACUCUAAACAAAUCUGGUUGAGUGUAAUUGGGGACAGGAUGGUACUUUUUUCCAAAUGUCUUCGAAGUUUAAACAACUGUACAUAAGCGUGAACAUGAACAAACCAUUAUGACCGAAUCAAAUUCUUCAGCAGUGAGACCUGAAGAAAAAGACUGAUACUCAGAAGAAACAUCAUGAAAACACUCUCUUUGAAAAAACUAAGAACUUGCCCUAAAAAAAUGAAGAAACACUGCAGAAAGUGUAAAAAAUGAUGUAUCUGAAGUACAGGAUCGCAAUGCAGCAAUAUAUGAUACUCAAGACAAUCUGAUAUCUUGAGUGUUUUGGGGUCUUUUGCUCUGUUUAGACUUGUGAACACUGAUAUUCUAAUCUCACAUUAAGAACAGAUUUGGAACAUUAACGACUUAUGAAGUAAUUUUGAACAAUAUGUUUUGGUUCAUAUUUUGAAACUUAAAAAAAAAGAAUUGUUUUUAUUUAAAAGUGUGCUUGGGCUCUAUUUCUUUUAACUAAAUGGCACUUGUUUUGAUGUUUCACUGUAUAAUCCAAAUUUUGUUGUCAGCUGAAAAAUAAUAACGUUCUCAGUAAAUAAAUGGUCUUUUUUUCACACAAAUAAAUGUGUUUUGACUGUGUUU